UUGAUGAAAAUUGACUAACCACUAGGCUACCGUUAAUUGUGGUUUUUAAAUAGGGUAUGACACAAUUAUGUCCACUACAUGUACAUGCACCAUGUUUCUAGUGGUUUCUAAGCUGUAAUCAAUUUGAUUAAUACCCAAUAUAAGUAUCCCUCUUUAAUUCCUUGACACAGGCACACUCACUCUCCAUUUGUAUGCAUGCAAAAAUCAGCAGGUGUGGUGGUGCAAUGGCAAGAGUAGUGGUGGUUUUCGACUUUGACAAGACACUUAUUGAUUGUGAUAGCGAUAAUUGGGUUGUUGAACAGCUUGGCGUUGAUGACACCUUUCUUCACCUCCUCCCUACGUUGCCCUGGAACUCUCUCAUGGACCAAAUGAUGAUCGAGAUUCACUCCCGCAAAAAGACAAUUCAGGAUAUUGCUGAGUGCUUGAGGCAGGUUCCACUGCAUCCCAGGAUUAUCUCAGCAAUUCAAUCGGCUCAUGCUUCUGGGUUUGAUUUGAGGAUAGUAAGUGAUGCAAACACCUUCUUUAUUGAGACAAUCUUGAAACAUUAUGGGUUGAUGGACUGCUUCUCUGAGAUUUAUACAAACCCAACUUAUGUUGAUACAGAAGAAAGGCUUAGAAUCUCACAGUACCAUGAUCCCAGAACAUCUUCGCAUGGCUGCACCAUCUGCCCUCCUAAUAUGUGCAAGGGUAUAGUGAUGGAUAGGAUCAGAGCUUCUGUUUCUGCUGAAGGAGGAAAAAAACGUUUCAUUUAUGUUGGUGAUGGAAGUCCUGAUUUCUGCGCGACAUUAAAGCUUAAAGAAGAAGAGUUUGUAAUGCCAAGGAAAGAUUUUCCGCUAUGGGAAUUCAUUUGUAGCAAUAAAAACCUUAUAAAGGCAAAAAUUCUAGAAUGGAGUGAUGGAGAGGAGCUAGGCACAAGACUGCUGAGUUUAAUCAAUACCAUCUUAAUUGAAGAGAAGUGCAGUGUAAGAACUGAUCUAGUUGUCGUUCCAGUUGACUGUAAGUUUCAGACAGGUUCAAUCUCUUCGCAUGAUUCAUAUACCAGAGACGUCCUACAAGUUCCCCGCUAGAAUUGGGGAGAACUUUUCCAUCUUGGUUGGCUAGUUGUAGUAGUAAGAGCACUGCUACUAUAGGAACUUUGUUGGCAAUAAAUUAUAGUAGAGAUUAAAUUUGCUCUUAAGAUCUCUUAUUCAUGGUGGGAUUAUAUGUAAAUUCACUGUCACUAUCACUGUCAUUUAAUUGCAAUGAUUUUCCUGAGAAAGUAACUCCGCUGAUUCACACA